CGCUGCUGGGAGGGCGCCGUCCGUCCGGCAUGUCUUGGUCUUGUUUAUACCGAGGUCGGAAUCCUCUGUCCCGGUCCUGAACACCUGAGAGUCCGCCCCGUCCCGGAGUUCAGUAAAAGAAGGUGAAAAAGGGAGAGCCAGAGCAGGGGGAUGUUGACUUACCCCUCUGACUCGCUCCCUCACUUAGCUUGUCCGAUGGAUGAAGAUGCUCUUCCCCCAAACCCUUUCAGUAGUGCACCUCCCCACAGUGACCCUCCACCACCUCUCCUCUCCCUUUCCUCCACCACCCCCAGCUGUGUGAAUGAUGGGAUAUCUGGCCAUCGACGGGGAGGCCGAGUUCAGCAGAAUAAAAGCCACACACCUGAAAAACGCGGUGACAUAAACAGCCCCGCCGCCGCCCAGAAGCCGCCCAGGCAGACUCCGUCCCCAACAGAGAAACAGAAACAGACCGCAAAAAUGGUGCAGAUAUCACAACCAAAGCAGCCGCGGGUGGACGGCGUGCACGCUCACCACGAGCAAAACCAGGAUGGAUUUGACCUUGACUUUACAGCACAGCAGGGAAACGACAAGCAAACGAACCAGAAGAGCCCACAGACGAACACGGGCCCUUCUCCUGACCAAACCGAUCUGGAAGGCGCCAGAUCCAACUUUGACGCCUGCGGACGUUUUGACGCGGGACAAAAUGUUGAAAACGCGCCCUUGCCAGCGGGAUGGCUGAUCGGCCCGCUGUUUCAGUCCUUCAAAUCGAAGAUGGCCAGCUUCACUGAGAUUGUUAUGAGUCCGGUGAAACUCCUCAAAGGCUCCUCUGUGCCGUCCGAUGAGGACCAUGAGCAAGGCGCCACGUUUUCUACAGAGAGGGAACGUGGGGACGGCAGUCCGCAGGAUGUGGCCGAUCAGCCGAUCGGAUAUGCGUACUCUAAAAAAAUACACUUUGGUGGGGAGUUGGAGAAAUGCAGCUCGAAGCAGGAUGACUGUGCAGUAAAUCAGAAGGAAGAAUCCUCGCCUGAUUUAGUGCCUUCGACACACAGGCCCUCCUCCUGCAGGGUGCCAGACACUUCUGGGUUUGUUGAUCCGUCCCCGGCAGACCCCUCUGCCAGACCAAGUGCCUCCCAUCAACCCAGCCUGCACACAUCCGGAGCCGCGGAGGACCGCAGCACCAGACAGACUGCCCAGGUGAAACCUCUGCACAGAAGACGGGCCAGAAACGGGUCCGAAGUGAAGAGCGUCGACGUCAGGAAGUGUGUGUCGGUCAGCAGGAAGGGACGGUCAAACGCGGAGGCCAGUGAAGAGCAGCUGUCUCAGUCUGCUGGAGCAGGCAGCGCUGAGUUCAGCGACGCCACUGAAACGUCUUCACUUCCAGUCCCUUACUCCCGGCCCAACCCAGACUGCCUUCAAACUCACGGUGCUGAAGGCGUCGCAGGCGCUGAAGGUCACCCGCCGGCGCAGCAAAGCCUCCAUAACGAUCACAGUCACGGUGCUAACAGGAAGACCCUGAAAAACUGCUGCACGGCCUCUGCUGUCUGCGUUGGACCCUGAAACCCUGACAGGGACCAGAAGGACAAAGAGGCCGCUCACACUGAACAACCACUCGGAGAACUCGAUCAAGAAGAAAAGACUGCAGACGGAGGACACGGGGAACCAAGAGGCGGUGAACAAGCCUUCGGUCAGGGUUCUGAGAUCGCCAAGAAAAGGGACUGCGUUGACGAGCACAAUCACAGAUCAGCAAGAGACUCUACAGUCCUCGAGAUAUAAGCCGGCUGGAUCCACCAGCAGAAACGGGAACGACAAAGGUGAACAAGUGAUGCUGGCUGCAGUGAGUGAGGCGGUGUCAGACAUGCAGACUGAAGGUUCCCCGGACGCCGUGUCGGUUUGCUCUGUGGAUCUAAGCAGCGGUUCCUCAGACACCUGCAGCAAACCGACAUCCGGUGGUUCCAGCAAAAGACUGAAAACCAGAGCGUUGUCGGCAAAACCCGACGGCAAGACGUCCAGCAUGGAUCUGGAAGCUGCCGCGUCGACCAGCUCCCCAGCAGAGGCCGAGGAGACGCAGUUACCGGAAGUUCUCGUCCGUCCUGAUAUAAAGCAGCUAAAAAGCAAAAGCCAGUGCAAGAACCUCACCUACAGGCCGCCCAAACGGAAAUUGCCAAACCAAGCGAUUUCAUUGGCCAAAUCAGGCAGCAGCGAGCCGUCUACCUCACCACGACCGUCCCUGGUGUUACACAGAGUCACACCCACUGAGCUGGUCAAACACUCCACGUCUGAGCAGACCCAGCUGUCCAAGAGGCCGAGGAGAGGUCCCCGAGGCCCCGCCCACUCCGCCGUUACCAACGGGACCCGCGAGGCGGCGAAUCACACCAAAGAAAACCAGUCAGACGAAGGUGAAAGGUCACCGGACUCAGAGUGUUCUGCGGCUGAACCGCUGCCAGACUGCUUUGUCCAGUUGAAUGAGAGCGAUGAGCACAUGAUGGAUGUGAAAUGUGAAGGUACCACCGCAGCGGCAGAUGGUCCCGGCGGCGGUGUUCGGCGGCCGCCUUGCUCAAGGAACGUGAAAGUGAAGCCGAGGAGAGCCGAAAGCCAAAGGAGGAGGUGCAGGCUGCUGCACAGCCGGACCCGGGGUGACGACGGCGCCAAGUCCGUCACCAUGGAGGACGCAGGUCUGACCGGGUCCGCCUCCCGUCCGGCCAGCGGCUUCACGGGGCGCCUCCGCCGCAGCUACUCCUGUCCAGAGAUCCCGUCCCUGCGCUCCCACGACGCGCCCUGGUCGUCCCCGCAGCACGCCGCCCACCACGGCAGGGCCCACGCGGCGCACCCGCACCACCACUCCCACUCCAGGCACCAGCGCCGCACCCGCCGCCACACGGUGUGCAGCGUGGAGGUGGAGCGGGAGAUCGCCCCGCUGUGCCUCCGGAAGGAGGUGUACCCGUCCCGGAGGUCGGCCUCGUACGACCACCUCCCGCCCACGCUGGCGCUCUCCCCCAGCUCGUCGCUCUCGGCUCUCGCCUCCUGCUUCCUCUCGAGUCCGCUGGCGUUUCUGUCCAAGAAAACCGACGGCAGACCGGCCGGCGGCGGCCCCGGCGCGUCCGGCCACGCUCCCUCCGCCUUGUCCUCGGCGGCGGCGGCGUCCCCGCUGAGCUCCGCCUGGCACCACCCUCAUCCGGCGUUCAUCCCCAGAGCCGAGUCCCCCGGAGCCCCGAUGGACUCGAGCAGCAGCGGGACGUCACUGGAGUGUGAGCUGGAGGGGAGGCGGCAGAGUGAGGAGGAGGACGACGACGACGGCGAGGACACCAGCUCCUCCAGCCAGGAGUUUGAAGACGUGGCCCUCCGAGAGGAGAAGGCUCUCUCCGACUCUGAAAUCAAGGUGGUGCGGAAGCUGGAGGAACCUGGAAAAGUUUCUUCUAUCAGGAUUCGGAAGACUUUACCCAAACCCCAGAACAACCUGACUCCGAUGGGCCUCCCUAAACCCGUCAGGCUGAAGAAGAAGCAGUUCAGUCUGGAGGAAAUUUACACCAAUAAGAAUUUCAGCAAACCUCCUGAAAGCCGUCUGGAGACCAUCUUCGAGGUUCCCCUCAACCGCAAGAACGGCUCCGAGUCCUGGUUCGGCCAGAGGCGGCUCAAGAGGUUCCUGACCUUCCUGGAGGGCGGCGAGCCCAGGAAGCCCAAGAAGCCCCUCGCCGGCGGCGGCAAGGCCGGCGGCUCCUCCUCCUCCGCCUCCCGGCCGCGGCGGGGCGGCUUUGCCAAAGAAGAGGCGCCGCUGGGCGCGCAGGACGUGGACUCGCUGCUGUGCUCCAAGCUGGAGCAGCUCAACCUGUGGCUGAUCCACGACCAGCGGGACAGCUGACACUUCCAAGUUCCAGUUCUCCCUCCGUCCGCUCGCCCCCUCGGCUUCACGCCACGCCGCCGUCAGAUCGGGCCUCCGCUCGCUUCUGCUGAUCAGCUGGAAGCGUUGCCUUCCUGUUGCACUGUCCGUUCAGAAGCUCUCUGCUCGUCCUUCACCCAGGCAGCUAUUUUCUUUCUCUUUCAGUCAUAAAUGCUGAAGUUUUGAAACUUUUAAAAAGUGUGCCAGCAAGAGAUUUUGCGCUCAAGUUUCCCCUGCGCUCGGGCGCCCGGCGGCCAGCUGUUUGUGGGGAGUUUAAAUUGGCACUACAGGGUUUGAAAGGUCCGCCGCCGGCUGCUUCUGCCCGAGCUUCUCUGGAUUGUUUCUGUUUGUAUCGACUUCACGUCAAACUACCUAUGGAGAAUGAAAUAAUAUUCCUUCUUCACGCAAAGUGGUCAUAAGGUUGCCUUAACUGUAAACUUUGUUCAUAUAGAUGUUUUGGGGGUUUUUUUGUAGAAAUUUUUAAUCAUGUUUAU